AUGGCGCACUACCAGGUCACCGCGACGUCGCUUACGCCCUCGCGCCCCGCGCCCGCCGCGCCGGUGCGGCAAAACAACGUGCAGAACGUGCUCGCCAACUCCGGCUACGGCUCCUCCUUCUCCGUCGGCACGUCCUCGCCCUCCAGCUCCGUCUACCGCGCGGACUACACGGGCAUUGGCGGAUCGCCGAAUCGCAACUCGGACAUGGUCAGCAGCUCGCACGUCGUCCGGAGCGGCGUCGUCGCCAUCAAGGAGGACGGCAUC